GUAGUGCUAUUAUUUUAAAGAUGUUGAACUUUCCCUACUUUUUAGCAUCUUACCAAAAGACAAGAAGAUUUUUCAUGCACAGGGACCAUUAAUAUCAAAAGGCAGUGAAUAUGGCGAGAGAGAGGACCAUUUUUGUUCAAUUGGCUUUUUAUGGUCCCAAGAUAACCAUCAUCCUCUAAGCACCCUGAUAUUCAUUUUCCAUUAUCUAUUUCUUGGUGACCAAGCCAGAUAUGUUCCAGUUUCCGUAGUUUUAUCUGGUUCGAAUUUUGCCAGCAUAUUAGCCUGAAAGCCUUUCAGCUACCUUAACCCAAACAUUUAAAACAAAAAAAAGGAAUUGAAAUUUUCCAUUUUCUGCUAUUUCCAAGUUUUCCUUCAACUAGCUAGUCGAAGUUCUUAAUAACAAGCCAUGUUGACUCCUGAAUAUCGCCCACAUCGGCUUUUCCUAGACAUGGAAACCGGGAUGCCGCCAGUCAGUUUAAACAGUACAGUUGGCUUAUAUCCCAGCGAGGCCAAUUUUGACAACAAAAUGGUGAUAGUCCUUGCAGCGUUGCUGUGUGCACUGAUGUGUGCUCUCGGGCUGAAUUCAGCUAUCCGUUGUGCUCUACGAUUAGGCUACAGCUUUGGUUUUGGGACACCGGAGCAAACCCCGGCACCCCACCUGGCUUCUAAUACAGCCCUCAAGAAGAAUGCACUGAGCCGGAUUCCAGUGAUAACCUAUGGAUCAGGACUAAAUGUUACCGGAACAGAUUGUCCAAUUUGCCUUGGAGAGUUUGCAGAAGGCGAGAAGGUCAGAAUUCUUCCUAAGUGCGGCCAUGGUUUUCAUGCCAAGUGUAUAGACACAUGGCUGUUGUCAAACUCGUCGUGUCCGUUGUGCCGGCAAGCAUUGCUUGAUAAUUCAACAAGCUGCAAUAAUAUUGCAGAAGAGGUGAAUUUCAUAGUCGCCUGAAAACGGGGCAAGCAGUGGGGUACAACCUAGUUGGGAUCAACAUCAAUGAGGUGACUUGAGCUUGACUGCUGGAAGAAAAAUAUCUAGGAAGGAGUUUCUGUUGUUUGUGCUUUUAAAAUUUUUGUAUUCUUCUGCUGGGUGAAAAAGGGAAAAUCAAAAAAACCGCCUGCUGUUGUCUCUCCUGAAACUUUCCACUUUCUUGUCUACAGAGUACUAGUAGAA